CGUCGCAGGGAGAGGUACGCAUGCGGUCCGCUCUGUAAACCCUUCGCGUCGGCUGCCUCCGCUCGCUUCGUCCUCUUUGAAAGACCAAUAUUAUUUUAUUUUUCUCUUCGACACGCGUUCGUGCCUUGAGGCGAUGGUUUUUCCUUCUACCUAUGGAGGAUUUAUAUUUUUUUAUUUGACGGGAAAUGUAUUAGUUUUAUAAAGGAUUUGAUAAGGGUUCUAUAGUUUCCAGUUCAGGAAUUUCGAAGUAAUUAUUAAUUAGCGUGUCAGUGGAGUCAAAAUCUCGCUGAUAUAUUAUUAAAUACGUGAAUAAUUUCCUGCGAACAACGUAAACAACACUAACCCAAAAAGUCGAAGUGAAAAAGGAAUUUCCAAAGAAAAUAAAACCAUAUAAAAAUAACGAGUGAUUUGAUGGAAUGAAAGAAAUAUUAUUUGUCUGUAAAAUAUGAAACCAUUUAAUUAGUGUUUAAAUUACGUGAAGCAUAAAGACUUUUGACCCACCAUUCUAAAGUGACCCACGAACUUGAAAUAUAAUUAAGAAAAUACACCCCAGGUAAUACAGAGAAUCGAAUUAGACGCCAAAAGAAAAGAGAAAAGAAAAGAAAAAAGGUGAAAUGCAACAGUGAUGACAACAGGGCACAGGAACCCCAAGGAACCCACACCAAACAGGAAGAAGAUGAGUGUUACCAGGGUGAUCCUCGUGCACCUCGGCGUCACCCUCACACUCAACUUGCUCUGCUGCGCCGCCAGUCCCCACCACCUCGUCCUCCACCUCGUCCUCGUCCUCGUCCUCGGCCGUGGAACUCCAACUCUCGGCGACCAACAACAACAUCCUGGCGAGGUAUCCAGGACAGGACGACUAUGUCAGUCCUCUGAAGUCGACGCGGGCGGUCGUGGGCGGCCUUGCAGAGCUCCCCUGCAACAUCACCUCGCCCAUCCUCGGGGACCCGCCCCUCCUGGUGCUCUGGUACAAGGCAGGCCUGCAUAAGCCCAUCUACAGCUAUGACGUCCGGCGCGGCCCCCCCAGCCACUGGGCGAACCCCUCCGAGCUGGGCGACCGGGCCAAGUUCGACGCUGCAAACGGCCUUCUCUCGUCGUGCAGCGCGUGCAGGCAGGAAAGAUGAGG